UGCAAGUAAUUUUCGCCAAAAAUAAAAUGCACAUUAAUUGCAAUUACCAAUCAUUUUCGGAUAGACUGCUGUAUCUCAUGAUGCCGGCAUACUCUGAAAGAUGCACGGUCUAAUCAUUCUUAGUUGAAUGACUUUAAAAAUCUCUUGAAAUCUGCACCAUAUGAUUGAAUAUAAAUUUGGAUCGUUUCGGCAUGAUCGGUACAGUCCAGCUUACUUCACUCAGUAGAUUGCCAACACCCUCAUCUUGCCAACCAUGAAGAUCAUUAUCCUGUUUGCUCUGUUUGUGAUGGCCAUCGCUCAGGAUGGCUAUCCCACCAAGUACGACAACAUCGAUGUGGAUGAAAUCCUCAACUCGGACCGUCUCUUCAAGAACUACUUCAACUGCCUGAUGGAAGCCGGACCAUGCACUCCGGAAGGAAACGAGUUGAAGAAGUAUCUGCCGGAUGCCAUUUCGACCGGAUGCAACAAAUGUAACGAGAAGCAACGUGAAGUCACGGCCAAGGUGGCCAAGUUCCUGAUCGAGCAGCGUCCUAAUGAGUGGACUGCACUGCGAGGCAAGUACGAUCCUGAUAACACUUUCGCUGAGAAGUAUCGCGAUGAGGCUGCCAAGUUCGGAAUCAAAUUGUAAAUAGAACAUGAUGGCAG